AUGGGAGCUCUGAGGGCUCAAAGGGACGCCGAAGAAUGCGCAAGCGCCCACGAGCCAGCCCCACAGCAAAAAGAUCUCAAGGCUCUGAGCCGCGCUGAGAAUCAGGUCCAAGACUACAUAAGGACUAACGUUCCCGCCCUGCUUCGUCCUUUCGCCAUCCUUCCUCCACCCCGUCGACGCUUCUUUCUGUACUCCACCAUCUGGCGUAGAAGCCUGUCAGACACCAUGAGCGAACCUUCUGACCACGAGGCUCUUAUGAGGCGCAUCGACGCUCUCCAGACCGCUCUCCGGGCAGAGACCGACGCUCUUCAGACCGACAUCAAUGCUCGUCAGGCCAACGACGAGAGGAUUCUUGCUACACUUGCAAGGCUGGAGCGACAGAAUCGGGAUCUCCAGAACGGCCAAAUGCGAUUCAGGUCCGAGAUGGAUGCCUUGCGCGAUACUGUGCGCUCGGCCACUUCGGGACCUCUCAACGAGGUGCAAGCCCUGAAGGCGGCUCUGGCUGAGGCCGACGCCAAAAUCAAGACGUUCAUCGCACAGCAUGCUCAGGACUCGGCCAGCCUGGCCAGAGCGCAGGCGACUCAGGCGAUGGCGGAAGAGCGUGCCAACCUCCUCGCCCAGCAGAAGGGCGGCGCCUCCGCCAUCCUUCCGUUCCCCAAGAAGGGCAAAGCGCCGCAGAAACCUACUGCACCUACCGCGAGGGACCUCCAGGAAGGCAGCGAAGCCAUCGACGACCAGGAGGAAGAUCAGGCAGCUCGUUACCCGGCCGGCGUUGGCCCUUCCAAGACGACGGCCUCUCGCGCCCGAAAGCUCAACAAGUACGACUACGACAAGGCCGCGCAGCAGCAAGCCCAAGCCUCCACCUCUGCCUCCCGCAUCGACACGAGGAGCGAAGGCACUGCAUCACGAAAAUCCUUUCCGAACGUGUCGUUCAACUCCCGUUUCAAGAAGUUCAAGCAGCCCGACAUUCGAACUUUGUGGGGCAAAGGCGGUAAGUCUGCGGCUCCUGCCCAUGCUGAAGCGAGUGCUGCCGAUGCCCAGGCGAGCGCUGCUCAUGCCGAAGCGAGCGCUCCCGAUGUUCAGGCUGGCGGUUCCAAAGUCGAAGCCAGCGCCCCCAGUGUCCGUUCCGGCGCUUCUAGUGUCCCGGUCAGCGCUCCUAAUGUCCAGGCCACCGCAUUCAACGUCAAGGCCAGCGCUGCGGACGUCAUCGUUGUGCUUUCAUCCGAAGAAGAGGAAAACAUGGAGCCGUUCCCCUCAGCUGAGAACGUCGCUCUGGGUAAGAAGCCUCCUCCGACUCCUUCCUCUGGCGAGUCGAGCGACUCUGUUCGCAUGCCCGGCAAGAAGGCACGAAAGCAAGACUCGGACUAG